CUACAAUGCCUCGUUUAACAAGUGAUCUGAAUCUCAGUGUCUGUCCAAACUACGCAGAUGAGAAUUUCGCUAACACUAGACUCCAACUCACCAAUGAGAACAUGACUGAGGCUCAGGCUGUUACAAUCCUUAGGAAUAUUUGGCAGACGCAAAACACUGCCGACAAAAACCAAUGGCAAGCACAAGUAGAAGCAGACAGAGAACAGCAAGACAAUCUGGAGAGACUCUGUGAUGAAGAACAAGAGAGACAAGAACAGGAAUGCCUUGACGAGGAAGAAGCUUCGCGGAAGGAAGACAAGAAAAAGAAUAAGCAUAAGUACUCUGCUAUUCCUGAACUGGAUGUCCCUAUAAAACCAGUAAUCCUUCCUUCCCCCUACGCUAUCCGUAAGCUAGACAAAGGAGACUAUGUCGAACUCUGGUACUUCACCAACAACGGACUAGACAACGCGAAACUCAAGAGCUCCGUCGAUGAAGACACCAUGAUCAUGGCCACCUUAGCGGGAGGUAGCACAGCUUGGGUAUCAGCAGCUUCAACGCGGAACACGACAGUUGUCAUUGACGAUGAAAAUUUCACUUUCGAAAACUUUUGUCAAGCCUGCCCAUGCAUAAUUGAGGCAAUGCAAGAGACCUCAUGGCCAGCAGAUCGUGUUCGAAUGAUGGCUCUCUUUUGGUGA